AUGCCAAAACGUAGCGGCAUCACUGACCUCAUUGCGGAGGGCUACCCCGCGCAGCAGGUGCUGCUGCAGCUGCAGUCCGAGGUUCUGGCGGCCCCCUCGGACCCCGACGCCUCGGACAGCGCGAUCCCGGCAAAGCCGCGCUCGCAGAUCUGCGAGCUGCUGGCAGAGGCUGACAAGUGCCUGCAGGACGGCGCGGACGAGUUUUUGCAGCUGCUGCACGUCGGGGCGCAGACGCAGAAGGCCCUCGCGCGGGCCUAG